GCUUUUGUUUAAAGAUAUCAAGCAAAGGGUCUGUUUCAGAAAACUCCGGAGAGCUGGGCUAUAUGAAGAUCGCGACACAGUUGUUGGUUUUCCCUCGCAGAAAUGCCAGUGCGUGCUGUGACCACCAGGUUCAUGUACAAGGGACUUUGCACUAUUCCAGAUGUCCUCUCCUUACGGAGCCCUGUUAUCCUGCCUGAGGAUGAGGUGGAAGAGAUUCGUGAAGCAUUCAAAGUAUUUGACCGAGAUGGGAAUGGCUUCAUCUCCAAGCAGGAGUUGGGGAUGGCCAUGCGUUCACUGGGCUACAUGCCCAAUGAGGUGGAGCUGGAGGUUAUCAUCCAAAGACUUGAUAUAGACGGCGAUGGUCAAGUUGGUUUUGACGAAUUUGUCACAUUGCUUGGUCCUAAACUCGCCUCAGCUGGAAUGCCUGAUAAGUUCCACGGUGCAGACUUUGAUUCGGUGUUUUGGAAGUGUGACAUGCAGAAGCUCACUGUGGAUGAGCUGAAGAAACUACUUUAUGAUACUUUCCGUGACCACCUUACCAUGAAAGACAUUGAGAACAUCAUCAUGACUGAGGAGAGCCACCUGAAUAGUCCAGAGUCCCACGUGGACAUUGACACAAGCCCAACACAACAGGAAAAACACACAUGUGUACGUAAAAGUCUGAUUUGUGCCUUUGCCAUUGCAUUUAUUAUCAGCGUUAUGCUCAUCGCAGCAAAUCAAAUGCUCCGCAGAGGAAUGAAGUAAACAUUUUUUCCAGCUGCUUACUAAGAGACUGAAAGACGGACAAUGAAAAAGGCAAACAAUAACCAAAAUAUCUGACUGUUUUUGGUUGUCUUCAAUGUCUACAACACCCACAAUGAUGCUAUCACAGCUUUCCUCUAUAACGGAUGAAAUGAUGUCAUGCAGUUGUUCUGUAACGCCACCAAUCAUAACGUAACAUGGUGAAAAAAAAAGACAGAACGAAAGGAAGACAUUUCAAGGGCUGAUUAGUAACCCAAACAGAGUAUCACCUUUUUUCAAUAUUUCACUGUAAGGUAUGUGCUGUAGUGAUAGCUGUGCUGUGUCUAAUAUAUCAAAACAAUUAAUAUUGUUGAUGAGAACUCUGCUGUUUGGAAUAAUAAUAGUAAAGAUGAUAGUAAUUAAGCAAUACAAGAGUGUUCAUGGGCUACAUAUUAAGUAGUUUUAAGUCACUUACUUAAACAUUGUUAAUUGUAAACGGAGAGAGUGUAUCUUUUUACGUUUUUAUUUAAGUCCAGCUCACACAUAGUUUAUCAAACUUUGCUAAACCAUAAUUACGGUAAGUGCAGUAGUCCCAAUAAUUGAGAUUGGACUGAUCAUAAAACUUAAUGAGUUCUUGAGUUAACAGCUGUACAAAUAUGUUGAGCGGAAUAUUUGGACUAUAAUAUCACCUCUGAGACUGAAAUAUCUCAACAAACAGAUAUUCAUUAUUCCCACAGAAUGAAUCCCACUAGCUUUGGUGAUCCCCUGACGUAUCCUGUAAAGCCACCAGCAGAUCAUUGCUUUCACUUACUGUGUUAAAUAUCUCAUCAUGCACUCAAUGCAUUGGCACACAAUUUGGUACAAACAUUUACAUUUCCCAGAGGAUGUAUCCCAUUCACUUAUGUCAUCACCCGAUUU